GAGAUGCUUCCAUUAACUGGAAAAACUAUCACAUUUGAUAGCUUUCCUGAUCCUUCAGAUACAUGGGAAAUCACUGAAACGAUCGGCAAAGGAACUUAUGGGAAAGUUUUUAAAGUGUUGAACAAGAAAAAUGGCCAAAAAGCAGCAGUUAAAAUUCUGGACCCAGUCCAUGAUAUUGAUGAAGAGAUAGAAGCAGAAUACCACAUCUUGAAAGCCCUUUCUGAUCAUCCCAAUGUAGUCAAGUUCUAUGGGAUGUACUUCAAGAAGGGCAAAAAGAAUGGUGACCAGCUCUGGUUAGUUCUUGAGCUGUGCAAUGGAGGAUCGGUGACGGAUCUUGUGAAAGGCCUUUUGAAGAGAGGAGAAAGAAUGAGUGAACUUAUAAUUGCCUAUAUUUUACAUGAAGCCCUAAUGGGUCUGCAGCAUUUGCACAACAACAAUACUAUCCACAGGGAUGUGAAAGGAAAUAACAUCCUCUUGACCACAGAAGGCGGAGUUAAGCUGGUGGAUUUUGGUGUGUCAGCACAGCUAACCAGUACUCGGCAUCGUAGGAAUACAUCUGUAGGAACACCAUUUUGGAUGGCUCCCGAGGUCAUUGCAUGUGAACAGCAGCUGGAUAGCACCUAUGAUGCCAGAUGUGAUGCGUGGUCAUUGGGUAUUACAGCUAUAGAGCUGGGAGAUGGAGACCCGCCUUUUGCUGAUCUGCACCCUAUGAGAGCACUAUUCAAAAUACCAAGAAGUCCACCUCCAACUCUAAGACAACCAGAACUGUGGACAGCAGAAUUCAAUGACUUCAUUAACAAGUGCUUGACUAAAGAUUAUGAGAAGCGGCCAACCGUGUCUGAUCUUUUGCAGCAUGAAUUCAUUACCCAAAUUGAGGGCAAAGAUGUGAUGUUACAGAAACAACUUACAGAAUUCAUAGAAGCUCACCAGCAACUGGGAGUCACCGAAAGGGCCAGACAUGAGCGCAUUCAUACCAAGAAAAGUAACUACAGUAAAGCUUCUAUGUCCUCUCCAAAGGAUGUGGAUGAUUUAGCUACCCUGGAAGUCUUGGAUGAGAGAACUGUGUCAGAGCAGCUUCAGAAGUGCUAUUCCCGUGAUCAGAUCUACAUCUAUGUUGGAGAUAUCCUCAUCGCAAUAAACCCAUUUCAGAAUUUGGAUCUUUAUUCCACAAAGCAUUCAAAACUCUACAUGGGAGCAAAACGAACUGCCAACCCUCCCCACAUCUUUGCAGUGGCAGACUUAGGCUAUCAGUCCAUGGUAACAUAUAGCUCAGAUCAGUGUAUUGUCAUUUCUGGAGAAAGUGGGGCUGGAAAGACUGAAAGUGCCCAUCUCUUAGUGCAGCAGCUAACUGUUCUUGGAAAGGCUAACAACAGAACUCUACAGGAAAAGAUUCUCCAAGUGAACAAUCUGGUGGAAGCUUUUGGCAAUGCCUGCACUAUUAUUAAUGACAAUUCGAGCCGUUUUGGAAAAUAUUUAGAAAUGAAUUUUACCUCCACUGGCAUUGUGAUCGGAGCUCAGAUUUCAGAAUACUUACUUGAAAAGUCCAGAGUUAUCCACCAAGCUGUUGGAGAGAAAAAUUUCCAUAUUUUUUAUUACAUCUAUGCAGGUUUGGCUGAAAAGAAAAAACUGGCCCAUUACAAAUUGCCUGAAAAUAAACCUCCCAGGUACCUCCAAAAUGAACAUCUCAGAAUGCAGCAGGACUUGUUGAACAACAGUUUCUAUAAGUCCCAAUUUGAAUUAAUUGAGCAAUGCUUCAAAGUGAUAGGUUUCACAAUGGAGGAACUUGGAAGUGUAUACAGCAUUCUAGCUGCAAUUUUAAACGUGGGAAAUAUUGAAUUUUUUUCUGUGGCAACUGAGCACCAGAUUGACAAAAGCAACAUUGCCAACCCAGCAGCACUCGAGAACUCUGCUGCUUUGCUUUUCAUUCAGGCAGAUGAGCUACAAGAAGCUCUCACCUCCCACUGUGUGGUGACUCGAGGAGAAACAAUUAUUCGUCCUAAUACCAAGGAAAAGGCUAAUGACGUCAGAGACGCUACGGCAAAGACACUGUACGGCCGCCUCUUCAGUUGGAUCGUCAAUCGCAUUAACAGUUUGCUGAAGCAUGAUGCAUCACAAAGUGGGACUGAUGGUGAGCUGAAUAUUGGCAUCUUGGACAUUUUUGGCUUUGAAAACUUCAGAAAAAAUUCCUUCGAGCAGCUAUGCAUUAAUAUUGCAAAUGAACAGAUUCAAUUCUACUUCAAUCAACAUGUGUUUGCAUGGGAACAGAAUGAAUAUCUAAAUGAAGAGGUUGAUGCUAGAGUUAUUGAAUACGAAGAUAAUCGGCCUAUCUUAGAUAUGUUUCUGGAGAAACCAAUGGGUUUGCUCUCUCUACUUGAUGAAGAAAGUCGAUUCCCUAGGGCUACUGAUCAGACCCUUGUUGAAAAAUUUGAAGAUAAUUUGAAAUCAAAGUACUUCUGGAGGGCCAAAAGACUGGAACUUACUUUUGGAAUUCAUCAUUAUGCAGGAAAGGUCCUGUAUAAUGCAAGUGGGUUCUUAGCUAAAAACAGGGAUACCCUUCCAACUGACAUUGUGCUGCUCCUGAGAUCAUCAGAAAACCACGUCAUUCGACAGCUGGUAAACCAUCCUCUUUCCAAAACAGGUAAUCUGCCAUAUUCCAAAAAUAAAAAUAUAAUAAACUAUCAACUAAGGACUUCACAAAGAUCAAUCAAUCUAUCAAAGGGAGAAAAUGGAGAAUCAACAUAUCUUGCGAGAGAGACGACCAACAUGAAAACACAAACUGUUGCAUCCUAUUUCAGAUAUUCCCUGAUGGAUUUAUUAUCAAAGAUGGUGGUUGGCCAGCCUCACUUUGUUCGUUGCAUCAAGCCAAAUAAUGAUCGCCAGGCCAGGAAAUUUGAUAAGGAAAAAGUUAUGUUACAGUUGCGCUACACCGGAAUUCUGGAAACAGCAAGGAUUCGGAGGCAGGGCUAUUCCCAUCGUAUACUUUUUGCUAACUUCAUUAAGCGGUACUAUAUCCUCUGCUUCAGAUCAAGUGAGGAACCUCCAGUAAGCCCUGAAACCUGUGCUGCCAUCUUAGAACAAGCUGGUCUUGAUAACUGGGCUCUUGGAAAAACCAAAGUGUUCCUUAAAUAUUAUCAUGUGGAAGAGUUGAAUUUAAUGAGAAAGGAAAAAGUUGACAAGAUCAUAUUGAUACAGGCCUGUGUCAGAGGAUUCUUGGGUUCAAAGAGGUAUAAAAAAUUACAGGAGAAAAGGAAAGAGAGUGCUACUAAGAUACAGUCAGUUGCACGAGGGCAUCUGGUUAGGAAACAAAGGAAAGAGAUGGCUAAAAAGAUGGAGAAAGAAGUAGCAACUCUCCAGAUUCGUGACCAGGAAUUCGAAAGAAAGUUCAGCUUUGAAAGGAAAAGGGACUUCAUUGUGGAGAAAGAAUACUCUGAAAAUGCAGUUCCUGCUAAUGAAGCAUUCAAUCAAUCUUUCAAUAAUAAAGGAAACGUAUCAGUUAUAAGAGCAUCUAGUUUUAAGGCUAAAGAGGAGGCCAUCGAUGGCAUUCAAAAUAACUACAGAGAAUAUCAAAUAAGCCAUAUCUGUGGGAAAGAACUUCAGCAGGAAUUGGUUACAAUGGAGGGCUUUAAGCCAGAAGUAAGCCUGGAACCAAAUGGUAGAAAGGAACAGGAAAAUAUAACUAAGAUAGAGACCACUGAGAAAGACACUGCUGUGAUUCAGAGGAACCACCAGGACUACAACGAAGACAAGAAUUUUGAGGAGCUAAAAAUGGUGUAUUCUGAAAGGAAAAGCAUGUCAGAAAAGCCAAACUAUAUGGGAUAUCAAUUCCGAGAGCAUGGCCCUCACCAGGGUUCAUUUAAAAAACCCUUGGAACCUAGUCUCAGCUUAAGGUAUCAAAAUGAAGACAGUAAAAAGAAAGAAAGGAGAACAUCUUCCUUUAUCCAGAAUAAUUCAAAGCAUGGCCAGGAGAAAAGCCUUCUGAAGCAUGAAGGAACAGUGCCCAGAGGAAGGAAGGCAGAAUUAAAACAAGAAUCUGUCAGAGAGAAAGAAAAACAAGUUGAGCAGAAAAGACAAGACUUGGAAGAAGAUAAAGCCGCGGUAUUCAUUCAGAGCAAAUAUCGGGGCUAUAGAAGAAGACAACAGUUAAGGGACGGAAAGCCCCCUUCUAUUAAAAACCAAGAGUUUGCCUCAGGAAAACCAGACAUAGGAAGACACACUUACAAUGAAUAUUCCUAUUCAAUGAAACAUAAGGGAAGUUUUAAUAUCAAGGCCAGGGAUGAGAAGGAUUUGAAGACAAUUUCAGAGAAAGAAGCCUAUGACUUGGCUGUUUUUUCAAAGCAGAUAUCAAGGUUAUCAGAAGACUAUUUCAUCCUGCAGAAAAAACUGAAUGAAAUUAUUUUGUUGCACCAACUGAAGCCUGUUUACCUUAGUGUUCAUCCACCGAUCAAGCCAAUUAAUAGACGAGUUCCUUCUCACCGCUGUAUGUCAGGUGUCUCUAAAGAGGAGCCAAAAAUAUUGAGGCCUCCAAGACGACCAUCAAAACCCAAAACAUUAAAUAAUCCCGAGGACUCCACCUAUUAUUAUCUGUUACAUAAAUCAAUCCAAGAAGAAAAACGAAGACCAAGGAAAAACAGUCAGGGAAAAGUACUAGAUUUAGAGGAUUUCUAUUACAAAGGAUUUUCAACCAGUCGCUCUGGACUGAAAGAAUAUAAACCUUAUAUGAGAGAGAGAAGACCACGGACAGAACUCCAGAACUCAUGUUUUAAGGCUGAUGAAAGGUGUUGGGCUAUGGCAAACUCAGGAGAAGAAGGCACUGGAGAUAACCCUUAUGACUACCGGAAACUACUACGAAAAACUUCUCAGCGCCGGCGUCUGGUCCAGCAGUUUUAG